GUAUAUUUAACAUUUUCCUUAACCAAACCCUCUUAUCCGUACCUGAAUUGUCAAGUUGUAAUCAACACUUGCACCACUCCUUCCUCCAACACUUUCCUUUGUGCUUUUCAUCUCACUAUAUAAAUGCGCGCACCCAGAUCAGCAACUUCCUCACCAACACAAACCCCAUUUGGUUUCUUUCAUUUAUAGUUACAAGUGUGGUGUUGCACUGGGAAAUAAAGAGGAAUGGCAUCGAAGAAGAACACGGUUGUGUUUGAGGACUACUUCCCUGCAAUGAUGGAGAAGCUAGGGACAGAGGGGUUUAUGAAGGAGCUGACAAACGGAUUUCAGUUGUUGAUGGACAGAGAGAAGAAGGUGAUAACGUUUGAGAGCUUGAAGAAGAACUCGGCGUUGCUUGGGUUGGAAGGGAUGAGCGAUGAUGAGAUAAGGUGCAUGCUAAGAGAAGGUGAUCUUGAUGGCGAUGGAGCACUGGAUGAGAUGGAGUUCUGCACCCUCAUGUUCAGGCUGAGUCCUGCUUUGAUGAACAAUUCAAAGGAGCUUUUGGAGGAGGCCAUUUUCAUUGCUUAUUAGUCUACUCUUCUUAGCUCUUUUUCUUUUUUUUUAUUUUCAAUGCCCUACUCUGUAACUGCGGUUACUUCUACUUGCUUCAACUUCAACUCUUAUUCAACAAUGCCAUUGCCACCACUUAUUAACUUA